AUGUCUUCCAUAAUGGAGCACAUAGACCAAACCACGAUUCUCUCUCUCCUCGGCGUCGUCGCAAUCCUCCUAUCCUCCUACAUCCUCUCCAUCCGCGUUCUCGCGCCCGCUACCCCCUCCUCCCUUCGUAUCCUCUUUAUUUGGCACUUCUUUGAUUUCCUCAUCCACAUCAUCUUCGAAGGCUCCUUCCUCUACAACUGUUUUUUCUCGCGCGCCCCUUUCGAUUCAUCAAUUGCUCAUCCGGUUGCUCUAUCUAAUUUCUUGGGCACAAGUGAAUAUGUAUAUGGAGCACAAUAUGCGGAUAAUUGGGCGAGCAAAUUGUGGAUGGUUUAUGCGCAAGCAGAUCGCAGGUGGGCGGGUGCAGAUUUGACAGUGGUUAGUUUGGAGUUGCUGACUGUGCUUGGGGCUGGACCUUUGGCACUUUGGAUCUGUUGGGGCAUUGUGAGGAAGGAUUGGAGAGUUAAUUUUUGGAUGGUGGUGCUUGCUACGGGAGAAUUGUAUGGUGGUUUCAUGACAUUUGCACCAGAAUGGUUAAUCGGCUGUAAGAAUUUGGAUACGAGUAACUUUAUGUUCAAAUGGGUUUAUUUGGUAUUUUUUAAUACGUUGUGGGUGUUCUUACCUAUAUAUGCAAUGUAUGUGGCAUUCUAUGAUAUUGGUAAUGCGAUGCAGUUGAGGAACAGCGUUAUCAACGCAAAGGUAGAGAUGAUGAAGCGAGAGAAGAAGAAUUGA